CUGGCCAAUAGCUAGAGUUCAAAAGUUAAUCCCAACCCACUUUUGUUUCCAUUCUCUUGGUUCAAGUUUUCAUGUUAAUCAGUGUUUUGACUGCCAAAGUUAGCACUGAAGCAGUCCACUGUGCUGUGACCUAAAUUUGUCUAAACCGUCAGAAAAGUGAGGAAGGCGUCUGUGUAGAAAUGUCUAUGGUCUGUUUGACUGAUUUUGAGGAAUAUGCCAGGCAGCAUCUCUCAAAGGCUACGUGGGACUAUUAUGAAGCUGGAGCUGAUGACUGUUGCACCAGAGAUGACAACUUGCAGGCCUAUAAACGUAUCCGCUUGAGGCCACGGAUCUUACGUGAUGUGUCGCUCAACGACACUCGGACUUCUGUGCUGGGAAUGGAGAUAAGCUUCCCUGUGGGAAUUGCUCCCACGGCUUUCCACUGCCUUGCGUGGCAUGAGGGAGAACUGGCCACUGCUAGAGCUACUGAGGCACUCAACACCUGUUACAUAGCCAGCACAUACUCCACAUGUUCAGUAGAGGAGAUUGCCGCAGCAGCUCCCAGUGGGUAUCGUUGGUUCCAGCUAUACUUGUACCGGGACCGUAAACUCUCUGAGCAGAUUGUACGCAGGGUGGAGGCACUUGGCUACAAAGCACUGGUGCUUACAGUAGACGUGCCCUACACUGGCAAACGUCGCAAUGACAUACGCAACCAGUUUAAGCUCCCACCUCACCUGAAGGUCAAGAACUUUGAGGGGAUGUUCCAGGAGCAGGCAGGCUCCCAGGAGGAAUACGGGAUCCCAGCUAAUACGCUGGACCCGUCGAUCAGCUGGAAGGAUGUGUGCUGGCUCCAGUCUCUAUCACAGCUGCCUAUAAUCAUCAAGGGCAUCCUCACUAAAGAGGAUGCCGAGCUGGCUGUAGAGCAUGGCGUCCAGGGGAUAAUUGUGUCUAAUCAUGGUGGCCGGCAACUAGAUGGAGGGCCUGCAACGAUAGAUUGCCUGCCUGAGAUAGUGGACGUAGUGCAGGGCCGGGUCGAGGUCUACAUGGACGGAGGGAUCCGCACAGGCAAUGAUGUGCUGAAGGCUGUGGCCUUGGGAGCCAAAUGUGUGUUUAUUGGCAGACCAGCAAUCUGGGGCCUCGCUUACAAGGGGGAGGAAGGAGUGAGAGAGAUCUUACAGAUUCUACACGACGAGUUUCGUUUAUCCAUGGCGCUGUCAGGUUGCCGAAAUGUUGCUGAAAUCAACAGGAACCUCAUUCAGUUCUCUAGACUUUAAACAGCAAAGGAGACUUUAGUCAUUUCUACUUUACUGACAGCCGAGGACUGCAAAGAUCCACUUCAUCCACUAUUAAAACUAAAUGUAUUCAAGAAACUACUGUUGCUUCAAGUCACAUUUAGCAAGAAUGGCAUAUUUACGAAUGUUCACAGUGUACGGAUGGUUUUAAUAUAGUAUUUGUAUUUCAGUAAACAUUAUGCACAGCACUGCAUACAUUUCAGUUAUUUUAGUACCUAAUGAAUCUCCACAUAGUAAUUGUCAAAUAUACCGCUUUUUGGUUGCAAAGCAGCUAGUAAAGAGAAAAACAAAGGCAAAAUUGUUCAAUCAGGAGUCAGUUGUUAGAAUAACAUAAAGCAGCUCUGCAGAAGAUAAUAUUCUGGUAAAUGAGCUAUUUCGUGCUUUGCAUGCUCCACUGUAUGGAGAAACCGUUUUGAAGAUGUCUUAUGUAAAUUAAAUAACGUGCAAUGAGAAAAGUUUCAGAUUUUGGAGAAAAGCAAGGAUAUUGAAUAUUAAAAUGUCCAGUGUGGCAAAACUAAACAAUACAAGGUUCUCUUAAGUAAUAAAUGAUGGCCUGUGUUAAAUUAA